GCAAGCCCUGGAAACAGCACAGAGAUGCAGGGCGCUGCCUUCUUUCAACUGUCUCUGCUCUGCAUCUUGAAGACAGGAACAGCCUCCAAGGGCUGGUCCAUGCAUGUCCCGUCAGAGGUGACGGGGGAAAUUGGCAAGUCAGUAUCCUUGCACUGCACUUUCACACACCCCCAUCAAACCUAUGACAAGACCCUGACGGCUAUUUGGCGGGUGAAGGAACCUUACAACGGGACCGUGGUUUUCAAGUGUGUGGCUCACAGCUCCAGCAACCUCUGCAAAACAACCGUCAGCUUAAAGAACAGGUACCGGCUCCUGGGGAACCCCAGGCAGAACAACAUUUCCCUCCAAAUAGACAAUUUGUCCUGGAACGACAGCAACAGAUAUUUCUGCCGCGUGGAGUUCUCUGGAGAUUUGCAUGACAAGUUCGAGAGCCGGACGGGGAUCAGGCUGCACCUGAUAGCUGCUCCCAGGAUAGUCAACAUCUCUGUGCAGGCCGGUGAGGAUCACUCCUUCCAUGCAAAGUGCACUGCAGAAGGGGAGCCACUGCCCACCCUGACGUGGGCUGGUCCUCUAUCAAGUAACAUUACUUCUGUCUCGAGUAUGAGCUACCAAGUCACCAAGGAGCUCCGCCACCUGACACACGAUGGGAGAUACACUUGCACGGCGAUUAACAGCCUCGGCAGAGCGGAUGGGGCCGUGUACUUUUACAAAUACAAAGCUGGAAGCGGAUCGUGGAUCCUGGUCCUCUUGUUCGUCGCCUUGGGAAUUAAAUUACUGGCCCUGCUGGUGAUAUUAGGGAUUGGUGCUUUCUGGAAAGGAGUGCCUUUUCUGAGACUGCAGGAAAUACAAUUCCAGAGCGAAUCUGCUCAGGAUUAG